GGCAGAGAAUUCAUCGCUUCCUUUCACUCCUCAGUCUCAAAGGUCCUUAAGUGAACUUUGUCACUAGAGAGAGAGCCAAGUACUUUGUGGUUUUCAUUUUCAGUUCCUGUAGCUGACAAAAAGGAAGCAAGCUGCAAGGAGGGACAUUUCUUGUGACAAACUGUUUUUGGCAGACGAGGACAGACUCAUGCACAAUGACGGGGAAAUCCACAGAAGUGUCUUUGCAUGAAUGGGAGUCCCCAGAUUAUGAGCCGUCCCUUCCCGUUUCAGAGAAGUCCAAUCCCCUGACUCGUGACAUAGACCGGGCUGCAGCUAAUGGUAUAGUGGGGAUGUUACAGGCCUGUGACACCCAGAUGUUUCAACAAGAGGCAGCAGGGGCAACCUACCAGAGGCUUUUGAGUGGACAAGUGGUGGAAACAUUGAUGGAGGUUGCUAAGAGGGUGGAGCUCAUUCUCAAGGAUCCUCAGGACAGCCUUGUUGUCCUGAGCGGUUGUGGGACUUCUGGUCGACUGGCUUUCCUCAUCUCGUCAUGUUUCAACAGAGCGCUGAGGGAGCUGAACCAGAGUCCGGUCUAUUCCUACAUUAUUGCAGGGGGAGACAGAGCUCUGCUAUCCUCUCAAGAAGCUCCUGAAGAUGAUCCCAAACUGGGCAUGCUCAGUCUAAAGAAGGUCUGUGAGGGAAGGAAGCAGGUCUUGUUCAUAGGUAUUUCCUGCGGAUUAUCUGCUCCGUUUGUAGCAGGUCAGCUGGACUUCUGCCUGCAGCACCCUGAGGUCUACACGCCUGUACUGGUUGGCUUCAAUCCUACACAUCAGGCCAGGGAUGAGCCCAUACCAGGCUGCACGUUCACAUUUCGCAGUGUGGCGCAAAUGAUGCAGGAGCUUGGCAAAAGUCACAAGGCCUUCCUCCUCAACCCAGCAGUUGGGCCAGAGGCCAUCAGUGGCUCUUCCAGGAUGAAGGGAGGCAGUGCCACUAAGAUUCUCCUGGAGGUUGUCCUGUCUGCCGCUCAUGCUGCCGCCUUACAAAACACACCCAUCACAGAAAAGGGCGUCCUGCAGCACAUGAGAGCAUACGAGAAAACUCUUGAUAUCACUUAUGCCCAGAAUGAGGGGAUCACUGAGCUACUCUCCCAUAUGUGUUUCAGUUUGCGGCGUGGCGGGCGUGUGUGUUAUCUGGGCUGGGGCUCCCUCGCUAUUCUGGGCCUCAUUGAUGCCAGUGAGUGUAAACCCACGUUUGGAGCAGACUACGGAGAUGUUCGAGGCUUCAUCAGUGGAGGAUACAGAGAGCUGAACAACAAUGAGGGUCCGCUUAUUUCACUGGGUCCCAACUUUUGCAUAGCACACGAGGAUUUUUUGCAUCUAGUUCUGCCAUCUCUUAAUGACCAGGACAUCGUUCUUCUUCUCUACACGCACUCUGACGAUGUCAGUGAGGUGGCCACGUUGGCACACAGAGUGAGAAAAAAGACGUCCAACCUCCAUGCUGUUUAUCAUCAUGUUGAUGGAGACACUGCAGCUGCUGUCCAACAAGAUGACAUCAAUAAGCUGUGUUUAUCCUCACUAAAAUUUACUUGGCUGUCACCUGCCUCAGGGAGCUUACUACACAUGCAGUGGGAGCUGUCCACUAAGCUGCUGCUGAACGGUGUGAGCACCGGAGCUCACAUUUUAAAGGGGAAGAUUUACCAGAACCACAUGAUCGACGUGCAGGUCACCAACAGGAAACUCUACCGCAGAGCCAUAUGUUUACUCCAGAAGCUGUCAGGUUGCCCUGAGUCCCAAUGUGAGGAAGCUCUUCUGAAGGCCGUCUACCGAGUGGACAAGCUGACAGUGGACAUUACAUCUUCUGACAUCAACACACACACACACACUGCCAGAAACAGGACCAAGGUGGUCCCUCUGGCUUUGGUCUGUUUGCUGACUGGUUGCUCUCUCAUGGAGGCAGAGUCUCAUCUGGAGCAACAGCCAAUCGUAAGGGAGGCUGUGGAGGCCUGCCUGUCAUAAUUUACAUGACAUGAAGUCAAGCACCUUCCCUACACACAUACACUGCAGUCAUUUAUAUUAUUUAAUCAAUCAAUCCUCUAUUUUUACCUCUACAGAGAGAUCAUAGCUUUAAUGUGGAUCUCAGAUAAACUGACUUCUUAAAAAUUUUGUGUAAUUAUUACUCUUUUGUUAGUUGUUGGUUUGAUUAUGAGCUAAUAUUUAUUAUAAGCCAAAAUGUGAACCAUAUUGUUUUGAGGCAACAGUUUGGAAUUUGACACCUGAAUGCAAAACCAUGUUAUAACACUAAGGGGCAGACUUUACACCUCGAGAAAAGCAAACCUUGUCAUAAAAACCUGCAAAUGUACAGUCAGUUUGUACUGGGUUUUUAAACAAGUAGUUUCACAAAUUAAGGUAAAAUAUUGUUAGAAUAUAGUGUACGUGAUAAAAUCAGGAAAAUACAUCAAUAAAAAUAUUAUUUUUUUCUACUUUUUCAGUAAUUGGCAUGCCAAAAAUGUUCUCCUGAUGUAAUUGAACUCCUCCUGACCAAAGCAGGUGUACCUCCAUGACAUUUCAAUACAUACUGUAUAUUGCACGACUGAAUUAUGUUAAAAAGUUUGAUACUGG